AAACGGGGGGAGGGUCCUUCUCUUCAGUUGUCGCACUCGGCUUGUCUGGAAGGUUCCGUUACUGGCAAACUGACGUUUUACAUUCAUUCAACGACGAGUUCGUAUCUGAAUCCAUCCGAGUUCAGGAAUCAUUAUUUCGGUUCAAAACUGAUCCAUUUCCCUCUGGAAGACUUUAACAGCACUUAGGACAAAAUAUGCCCGAAGCCGCCGCACUAAAAGACUCCAGUGGUAAAAGCAAAGGAGGCGCCUUUGUGGAUCGUGACAAGCCAGCGCAGAUUCGUUUCAGUAACAUCUCUGCAGGGAAAGCUGUUGCAGAUGCCAUCAGAACCAGCCUUGGGCCCAAGGGCAUGGAUAAAAUGAUUCAAGAUGGAAAGGGUGAUGUAACCAUUACCAAUGAUGGAGCCACCAUCCUCAAACAAAUGCAGGUUCUUCACCCAGCUGCUAAAAUGCUGGUGGAGCUCUCCAAAGCUCAGGACAUUGAAGCUGGUGAUGGGACAACUUCUGUUGUGGUGAUUGCAGGUGCUCUUUUGGAUGCUUGUGCUAAACUGCUUCAGAAAGGAAUCCAUCCUACCAUUAUUUCGGAAUCUUUCCAGAAAGCUGUGGAGAAGGGUGUUGAGGUUCUGACAGCCAUGAGCCAGCCUGUGGAACUGAGUGACAGAGAGUCUUUGUUGAACAGUGCCACUACGUCACUGUGCUCCAAGGUUGUGUCCCAGUACUCCAGUCUGCUGGCACCAAUGAGUGUUGAUGCUGUGAUGAAGGUGAUUGAUCCAUCUACGGCCACGGGGGUUGAUCUCCAGGACAUUAAAAUUGUGAAGAAAUUGGGGGGAACCAUUGAUGACUGUGAGUUGGUUGAUGGACUUGUGCUUACGCAGAAAGUAGCAAACUCUGGUGUCUCUCGGGUUGAAAAGGCAAAGAUUGGUCUUAUUCAGUUCUGCUUAUCUCCUCCAAAGACGGAUAUGGAUAAUCAGAUUGUUGUGUCUGACUAUGCCCAAAUGGACAGAGUGCUACGUGAGGAGAGAGCUUAUAUCCUCAACUUGGUGAAGCAAAUCAAAAAGGCUGGAUGCAAUGUGUUGCUCAUUCAGAAAUCUAUUUUAAGGGAUGCACUGAGUGACUUGGCUCUUCAUUUCCUAAACAAGAUGAAGAUAAUGGUUGUUAAAGAUAUCGAAAGAGAAGAUAUUGAAUUCAUCUGCAAGACUAUUGGAAAUAAACCUGUGGCCCACAUAGACCAAUUCACAGCAGAUAUGCUGGGCUCUGCAGAGCUGGCUGAAGAAGUGAGCUUGGAUGGGUCUGGCAAGCUUGUCAAAAUUACUGGCUGCGCAAGCCCCGGAAAAACUGUCACCAUAGUGGUGCGUGGAUCCAACAAGCUUGUGAUUGAGGAAGCGGAGCGCUCCAUCCACGAUGCCCUCUGUGUGAUCCGCUGCCUAGUGAAGAAAAGGGCCUUGAUCGCUGGGGGAGGCGCUCCAGAGAUUGAGCUGGCUCUGCGCCUGGCUGAAUAUGCCCGCACGCUGAGUGGCAUGGAGGCCUACUGCGUCCGUGCUUUUGGCGAUGCUCUGGAGGUCAUUCCCUCCACGCUGGCAGAGAAUGCCGGGCUCAACCCUAUCUCCACUGUCACAGAGCUGAGGAAUCGGCAUGCGCAGGGAGAGAGGACAGCCGGCAUCAAUGUCCGA